GAUUUCAGAUCGUGAGCAGGGAAGAAUUUUGUAAUGGUCAUGCCGAUAAACUACUAAAGGUGUGGCAAAUCGGUGUGCAACAAAAUUCCAGAUUACUUUUGUAACGUAGUAUCUUUUACUAUCCCCGAGCUGUUUUUCAUCUAACCCUACAGUAUGAGGUAAUAACAAGGUAUAACUGUUUUUCACUUCGAAGGAACGGCUAGUGCGUUUCACAAAUUUUCUUUGUAUUCACAUCGUUGCUGCUUAACAAUAUUUUCUUGUCCUCCUUUUUUAAACCUGUUUUUUUUCGUUUAAUUUUCUGACCAUGUCUACAUCAAUGUCACUGGGAAAGAGGAGGAUGGAAGUCGACUGUGCAGUAGCCGCUGGAAGAACAUUUUCAAACAACUGAUCAUAGCCUAAAGCAAGAGAAAACCAUCCAAGAAAACGUCCUACUUUGACUGCCUUUCGUCUGAUUAGUUUUGAUUACAGGUGUCAAACGUAUUCACGCGGGAUCUUACAGCAACGUCUGCUACCUGAGCGUCACUUAAGAGCUGGCAUUUAAAAGUUUUGUUUCUUUAAGUGAUCAAGAAAAUUAGUCUUCAGUAGCAUCUACUGAAUCGAUUAAUGAAAAACUGACGUUAAGGCAGAACAAAGAAACGUACUGGAAAGUAUGUCUGUAAACCUGAAAAUUCACUGUCAGUGUUUGGCGAAGGGAGGAAACGUAGAAAGCUGAUCCAGGACAUCGCAAUCGCAGUGAAUGUCGUGAUCUAGCGAUGAGCGGGAGAUGAGGGGAAAGAGACCAGUGCCGUCAACCAUAUACAGUAUGGGUAGCCGGUGAAAUAGGACCGAAAUGAAAUGGGACUGGAGAAAUGGGACUGGAGAAAUGGGACUGAAAAUUUCAACGAGUAGAAUUGCUGCAGCCGCCGAGGUGACCACAUCGUUUUGGGAGGUGCAAACUGUGUACUGGAAUUUCUCGUCAUUCAUCAUGAAGCUGAUGAGGCAGUGCGGCGGAUGGCUGGGCCAACUUCUCGUCGCCUGCAUCUUAUUUUUCAUCAUCGUGGUCAAUGGACAGACUUUUGUGACACGUUUGUUACAGGCUCGCACCUUGGUCGGCAUGGCUUUAAAUUCAUACUGGAAAAGUAUACUCAAUUUCUUUGGAAACAACGAUUAUUACCUGUAUGUUUGGGGAUGUAUACUUUGCAUUCAAGUUCCAUUUUGGAGCGUCGGAGGAAUGUUUAUGUUUAUGGAUUACUUCAACUGGCCCAAAUGGACAAGGAAAUACAAGAUCCAGCCUGGCAUAAAUGAGCCAAUUGAUUUAAACAAAUUAAUUGAGACUGUCAAGGUAGUGUUGAUCAACCAAUGGGCCAUAGCUAAUCCACUGUUACUCGUCAGUUACUUGCUCAAGAAAAUGACCAACACUAUGCCAGGAAUUUACGAGUUGCCGACACUUGAACGAUUUCUAAUUGAAAUGACCGUUUUGUUUAUUGUCGACGAGAUUGCACUUUACUACGUGCAUAGGAUAAUGCACCAUCCAAAAUUGUACGCCAGAGUGCAUAAGAAACAUCACGAAUGGCACGCACCUAUCGCCAUCUCAGUUGUUUAUACAACCAAAAUAGAAAAUCUGAUGAUUACAGCUGGAACUGCUUUGGGCCCUUUUCUUAUGAAUCCUCACUUAAUCACUUUGUAUGUUUGGUACACUCUCGUGCACCUGAGAGGACUAAAGAAUCAUUGCGGCUAUCAUUUCCCAUGGCUACCCACACCGGAAGAUCACGAUUAUCAUCACAUGAUGAGCAAUGCUUGCUUCGGUCGAACGCUCGCCCUUGACUGGCUUCACGGGACGGACAAAGGCUAUCAUGCUUAUAGGGCCCGCAAGAAGGCACUGCACGAACAGAAUUCUGCCGAACUUGUUAACAAUAAAUCUGAAUAAAAUUUAGUUAUAUUUUUUUUUUCCUGCCGCCCAUUUAUUUCCGUUCGUGAAGAAGCUGGUGUUUGAACUGGACAUUCGGAGGUGUGCCGCUAGCGCCCGAGAAAUGCAUUUUCAGUGAGAUAUUGAACACUGUUCGAUUUUACAGCCAAUGAUAAUAAAGUACCUGUAGUAGCACCGAUAGUACCGAGUACCCUCUCGUGUUAUGACUUGUAUCCCUUUCGGGUAAAAAAAUCCACAAACACAUGUUAAAACUGCAGGCUAGAAAGUUCAUCAUAAACCUCAAAUUGUCGUCAUUCGUUACAAUAUCUAAAUAGAAAAUUCACAAGAAACCUGACCGUGCAACUUUUCAGAACUCGAUUGAAUAUAAAAGCCUAUGUUUUUUCCAUGUAUGUUGGGUGAUCGCCAAAUACACAACCUGCACAGCA